AUGCUUUGGCGGCCUCUCACUCAGCUUCUGGCGCUGCUCUCCCUGGCGUCAGUCGUGCUGUCCAGCAGCAGCAUCUGCGAUCGACUCCGCUCCCAGAUCCCCGGCCGCGUGGUGCUCCCCCGUGAACCACUGUACGCGGAGUUGGAAUCGUCCUAUUACUCCCAGUACGAGAGAGCCCUCAAGCCUAGCUGCAUUUUCCGACCCACCCGCACGGCCGAAGUCUCAGAAUUCAUCCACUUCGUCAACGAAAAUGCCAAUGCCUCGUCGUCGCCGCUCAAGUUCGCCGUGAGAGGCGGCGGCCACACGCUCUUCAGCGGCGCCGCCAACAUCAAAGACGGCAUCACGGUCGACAUGCGGUCCAUGAAAUCCCUGGUUCUCAGCGCCGACCGCAAGACCGCCUCCGUCGGCGGCGGCAGCAUCUUCAGCGACCUUUACGGCCAAUUGGACCGACACAAUCUCACCGUCAUGGGAGGCCGCGUCCCCGGCAUUGGCGUGGGCGGAUUCACGACGGGAGGCGGACUGAACUUCCUGUCGCGCGACCACGGCUACUCCUGCGACAACGUCUACGGCUACGAGGUAGUCCUGGGCAACGGAUCAGUCGUGCACGCCACCGCGAGCGCGAACCGCGACCUCUGGCUGGCGCUGAAAGGCGGGUCGAACAACUUCGGCAUCGUCACCCGCUUCGACCUGGCGACCUUCCCGCAGAAGGCCAUGUGGGGAGGCGUGCUUCUGUUCAAAUACUCACAAGCCAUGGUCGACGCCCAAGCCAAAGCCUUCAGCGAGUACAUGAACCCCGCCAACUUCGACGGCGCCGCCGACAUGGCCGUCAUCAUGAACUUCGCAGACGGCGGCUUCUCCACCGGGGACUCCCUCUUCUACACGAAACCCGUCGUCAACCCGCCCGUGUACCGGGGCUUCACGUCCUUCCCAUCGCCCGUGAAGAACACCCUCGCCCUCAACAACGUGAGCGGCAUGGUCAGGAAAUUCGGGGAGACGCUACCGCCCAAACUGAACUUGACAACCGAAUACGUCUACUCCUUCAAGAACCCCAGCCCAGCAACAUAUAAAGAGCUGUUCCAAAUCUGGGAACAGGGAUGCCGCGCGCUCGCGCACAUCAAAGGCCUCCAGGUGCAGUAUCUGGUACAGCCGCAGCCGGUCACAAAUGGCACCAACUCCCUGGGCCAGCCGGCGGGGGAGAAGGACAAGGUUAUGGGGCUGGUCACGGUCGCGUUCGACAACCCCGCAGAUGAAGUGGCCGCUCUCCAGGGCGCGCGCAACAUCGUCCUGCUACAGGGGGCUGUCUUGCGGCGCGAGGGGCUCUACUCGCCUUUUCAGUACCUGAAUUAUGCGGAGAAGUCGCAGGACCCGAUUGGGAGUUAUGGGAAGGAGAUGCUGAAUCGGUUGAGGGCGGUUAGUCGCAAGUAUGACCCUGCUGAGCUGUUUCAGAAAAGCGUGCCGGGGGGGUUCAAGCUGUUUGGAAAGCGGGGUUAG